ACCUGCCGGCCGCGCUGCCCGCGGGCGCCGGGACGCACGGGGGGACCCGCGGCCGCCAGGGGAGCAUGCCGCGCUCGUUCCUGGUGAAAACGCACUCCAGCCACAGGGUCCCCAACUACGGGCAGCUGGAGACGCAGAGAGAAAUCAAUGGCGCCUGUUCUGCCUGUGGGGGGCUGGUGGUGCCCCUCCUCCUCCCAGACAGAGCUGCCCCUUCCACACCUGGCGACACUCCCCGGCCCUGGAACAGCACCUCUGUCAUCACCCACAUUUCCCAGCCCCCGUCUCAUGAUGAGGAGGCUUGGGGCUUCCCUGGGCCAGGCCCCCUGGAAGUUGGCCUGGCAGACCUCAGGGCUGGCCUAUCCCCCAGCGUGCCCCUCACAGACAGACUGAAACACCUCGGCCUGCCCCCGCUGCUGGUUCUGCCCACGCGGUGGCCCCCGAUUCCAUCCCCAGAUGCGGACCAGACUCCAGACAGAUUGCUCAGGGCCGAGCGGGCUCCCAGCGCCCCAGGGUGCUCCCGGUGCCUCCAUUGCCACAAGGCCCAUCACUCGCCGGCCAGGCUGGCCAGGCACCGGCAGCUGCCCUGCCAGCUCUGCUUCACCUGCAAGUUCUGUGACAAGGAGUGCACCAGCCUGGGUGCCCUCAAGAUGCACAUCCGCACGCACACACUGCCCUGCCUCUGCACCAUCUGUGGCAAGGCCUUCUCCAGACCCUGGCUGCUGCGGGGCCACAUCCGCACCCACACAGGGCCUGUGCACCAUGUGUGUCUGGACCCAAAUUCCCCUCUGGUUAUGAGGACCUCUGUCAUAUUGGAUGCAGGAGAGAAGCCCUAUGCCUGCUCUCAGUGCGGCAGGGCCUUCGCGGACCGCUCCAACCUCCGGGCCCACCUGCAGACGCACUCUGACACCAGGAAAUACCAGUGCAGCUGCUGCGCCAAGACCUUCUCCCGCGUGUCCCUCCUGCUGAGGCACGAAGAGUCCGGCUGCUGCCCCGGCCCCUGAGCGGGGCUGGUGCAGGUAGGAGGGCAGGACCUCACCCAGUCACCAGCUGGCACCCCGCCUGGUGGCCCAGUGCUGCCUGGUGUCCUGGGAAGGCAGGCCUAGCCCCCCACCAGCCUGCUGCCGCCUGCUGCUCUUCGGACCCAGAGAAGCCCACGGCCUGCCAUUCUUGUCUGGGUCAAGUGUGGGAAGUGCUGGCCCCCAAAUAUGGGAGUGGCCCCCAAAUAUGGGAGUGGCCCCCAGAGGGCAAGCAGAGCCAGGAGGCAGUGUGACACCACUCAGGCCUGCUGGUCCUGACUGGGAGCACCCACGUCCUGAGGGGUGACUGGGAGAUGACUGGGGGCCAAGUAGUGAUUUCACAUGCAGGGGCCUGUGGCUCUGAAUUAGCCCUGCGGCAGGGGCCUGGCAGACGCUUGGAGGACUGGAGUCCUCACCUUUGUGCUCUCUCCCUCCCUCCGCCCUCCAGAGAUCAGCCGGCCCUGCCUGCCUGCGGGGGGCUGGUGGUGCCCCUCCUCCUCCCAGGCAAGGCUGCCCCUUCCAAACCUGGCGACCCUCCCCAGCCCUGGAACCGCACCUCCGUCACUGCCCACAUCUCCCAGAACCCUUCCCCUUAUAAUGAGAAGGCUUCGGGGGGACCCUGGGCUGGCAUGCCCCUCAAAGACAGACUGAACCACUUCAACCUGUCCCCACUGCUGAUUCUGCCCACGAGGUGGCCCCAAUGCUGGGCCCACUUAGGGGAGAGGACUGCUCCCCCAGGGAAGACUUUCACUAAAAUGGGAAGUGCCAUUUCGAGGACUGUGGGGACGCUGCCGGCGCAGACAGUUCCUGUUGUGAAGCUGAGGCUGCCCUUGGGUCCCCCCGGGGCAGAUCUGACUUGUGCAAACGCAUCUGAGCCGUCUGCCCCCAAGGCAGAGCCACCUCCACAGUACUGUGCCCACCUGCAGCUUGGGGUGUGGCCACAUGGACUGAGUCUGAGCACACACCCCUCCCCUCCUCACUGGGCUGUCCCUGAGGUGAGCGGCCUCGGGAACCCAGCAGCUGGGACUCAGGUGCACAGGGGUGGGGCUGCUGGGCCGGUAAAGGGUCCCUGCACCCGGACCUGUCCGCCACAAUGCUGAGCCUGGCCAGCCGCAGGGAGCAGCAGGGGCCCUGGAUGAUCUGGGCCCUUGUGCCCUCAGAGCAGGGCCCACCGGGGUCAGGGCAUCAAGCUGCGACGUGUCAGGAAUGAGGAGCAGGGCCGGCGGGAGACGGGGUGGGGGCCGCUGCACCCAGGGGAGCAGAGACCAGAAAUGGGAGCAGUACUAGCAGCGGGGCGUGAGCUCCUGCUGGCGGGGAGGUGGCAGAGAGAAGGGAGGAGGCCAAGGCCGGAGGAAGCGGGCGGUGGGGGGCAUGUGUGCAGGGGCCCCACAGCACUCCCCUCCCGGGGCCCAGAAUCUGACCCUGGCUGAGGCACCCACCCCUUCCCAAAAUGGCUCAUCAGACCCCACCCAACUUCGCAGGUGUGGUGGCAGCUCCUGCCCCCGUUGGCAGGCCUCUUCCCACCCCCAGGCCAUGGGGUGUCGCUCACCGGGCUGGGCCUGCGUGUCUCGGCUGCCUCUGGCUGGACCCUGGAGGGUGUCACUCAGGAACGAGGCCGGAGUCCAAAGGAGACCGGCUGAGUCCUUGACACGUGGGGGGGGGGGGCACCCCGCUGCUCUGCAGGGAGGCCGCCAGCAGCCCCACGCCGGCCCCAGCUGCGGUACGGGGUCAGGCGCCUUGGCCCGGCCCUGGCUGGAGCCACGCGGCAAGGGGCAGGGGCCCCCACUCAGCCCUCGCCUCCUCCCCAUGUGAGAGGACAGUAGGAGCAUUGGUGGGGACCACACCAGACACAGCCCACGUGGGGACUGUCCCAGGCCCGCGGCACUGCCUCCCCUCAAGGGACAAGAUGGGCUGAGCUGCAGCUGGGAACGGGCCCCUUAGUCAAUGGGUCUGUGCGGUGGCUGCCCUAACAAAGACCCCACUGUGCGGCCAACAGCUCUGGGGGCCGGAGGCCCGAGGCCCAGGUGCUGGUUCCGCUCAUGGCUGCCCGGGAGGGUCUGCCCAGGGCCUCCCCCAGCUCCUGCCGCCUUGCCGCCCUGUCUGCUCCUGAGUGUUAGAAGUGCCAGCCCCCCUGUGCCUCCAUGUCCACCUGGCUUCUCCCUGUGCACCCGUCUGCGUGGCCACCUUUCCCCUUUUUUCUAGGGAAGCCAGCUGUGCUGGGUGAGGACCUACCCUAAUGACCUCCUCUUAGCUGGACAGCAUCUGCAAAGACCCUGUUGCCAAAUAAGGCCACAUUCUGAGGGACUUGGGGCUCAAGACCUCAGCAUGUGAAUUGGGGGGACAGCAGUUACCCCCAACAGCUAAUGACAACACAUGGUUUUUCAAAAGAUUCCCAGCGGGUUCCUGUGCGAGAGCUUACAGAGUAAAGUUGCACCCUCUCCCCUCCGUCCAUCAAGGGUGGAGGGGGCCGUCCACACACCAGGAGCGCCUCCUUCCUGGUCAUGGGCCCCCUCCCCAGCACAUGGCCCCUUGAGUGGCUUGUGUCCACCUUCCCCUGCCCCCUGCCCUGUCCUACUCAGGGCCCUGCAAGGGGAGCGAGCAGGCCUCUGCCCUAAUGGGACCCUCCUUCCCACACUGCCUCCUGAAUCAUGGCCCCCCUGCCCAGGGGGCUGGGCACCUGAGGCUGGGGUGCCCCCCCGACUGGCAAGCACAAAGGCUCUAGCCACCAUCUGUCCCAUCAGAGGGCUUUUUAAAAUAGCACCCAGAUGCCUGAAGGAAGCUAUAUUGUAAAUUAUGUGCUAUUUCUAGGCCCCAGUAUCUAAAUGAGGCGACGCACCUGCUGGGCAUGAAGGAAGGGAAUUUCGCAAGCCCAAAAUAAAGCCUUAUGCCUGCCCUCCAUGCCAGCCUUUGGAAAAUGCUCUCAUAUUCAUAUCUGGCAGCAGAGCGGGUAUUGGCGGAGGGGGUGAAGAAAGGCCCAGGCACCUGCCAGGGACCUGACAUGGAAUGAAUGAGGGACACAGUCCACUCAGAGGGGGUGGGCUGCAGUCGGCCCCCAGCCAGCCCGCGUCCUGCUGCAGGGCCCUGCCUCACGGGGCCCAGCUGGCCGCUCAGGGAUUGCUGCCUCCUGCCUCUCCUUUGCUUGGUCCGAUGGUCCGUGUGGGUCGUGCAUUUACAAUAGGGUUUCGGAGCCCUGUCCCAACACCCCACGGAGCGCUUGGGUCUCUACCUACAGGCCUUCCCUACCCAAAUUCUACUCAUCCCAUUUCCACCUUUUUCUCUAAGGAAGAUCACACCAGUCCAGGGACAUUGUCGGAACCUCUGUCCGGGGUGGGAGCAGGGAGGGAGGGACUAUGGGCGGGAGAAAACCACAGGAGCCUCUGAGGGGGGCGGUGACCCCGCAGCAUGGCCUGUGUCCCCAGCUGGUGGGGCAGCCACAGGCAGGAUGGCACUAGGGCACUCAGGAGGCCGCUCUCCGUGAGCUCAGGCCCAGAGACAGGUGGGAGGGAGCCGUCAGUGCCAGGUCCUCGUCCUGCCCCCCACCCCCCGCGCCCGCUCCCAAAAGCAGCUGAUGCACUGAAGUUAUUCCUUCCUUUCCAGAAGCCCAGUGGUUUCUAUAAAUAUCAUUUUGGUUCAGAAUAUUCUGGGGGGUUCUCUGAAGUUUGAAAAUAGCCCGCUUGUUACCGUCUAUAUUUGGAGAACCCACUCCUGGCAUCGACUCGGGGGCUAAGCAUAGCGUCUGGCAGACUUUGAUGGAACAGAAGUUUCCAGGCCUCCAUCACCUUGUGGAUGGCAGUACAUUCUGGGGAGAGCGCCCUUGCUGCCAGGAUGUGGCGGAGCUGGGAGUUGCUGGCGCUAAUGGCACAGGUGGCACCCCCCAGCCAGGGAAGUCUGCAAAUGUGAGGUCCUCGCCAGAGCCAGACGUGAGGGGUUCUGACCCAGCUUUGUUCUGCUGUGGUCAGUUUCAUCAUAAAGCCUUGGUUUCUCUUUCUGUGAAAAGGAAUCAUUCUAAACCCUCCCAGAUUUCAGGAAAGAGUAGAAAAAGACAUUGAGGGUGCCUAAAAUAAAAUACAAUUGCUAACUUCAGAGAAACCCUCAGCCUUCUUCUCUGAGAGUGCCCAUUUCUCAACCGCCAGUUCUGGCUCUGGUGGCCUCCCCUCCCGGCCGCUCCCCACUCCCCACCCCCAGCAGCCUGAGAGCUGGGCUGGCCCCUGUCCACAGCGUCCUCAGCUCCUGGCAGAGGGCUGGCAGAGCUGAAGGACACGGAUGGUGUGGAAGGCCGGCAGGGGACAGGGGCAGGGAUUCAGACCAGGCCGUCCUGCCCGGUGGGUGGGCCGUCUUUGUGUCACCAGGGAAAGCUGGACGCUGCCCCCGCCUGGCCUUUCAGCAGCUCUCCCCACACCUGCCUCAGCAACCCUCCUCUGUUCCCUGUAGCGGGUCCUUAUGGAAAUGCAGCACAGCACACGGUGACAUCUCUUCUUCAGAGAUGAGAGGCUGCAGGGAAGGCAGCUACUGAGCCCACAGGGGCUGUUAGGUGAAAUCCGUGCUCCCACCUCUGUGUGAAAAGAGGCUAGGAUGGAGGACAGCCCGGGGCCUGCUGGCCACCACCCCCUCCCCACACACGUGGACAGGGGUGGCCCACCUUCCCGUGGCUCCAGUUCUGUAAGGCAGCAAAACAGAGCAGACGGGAAGAGGGCAGGGCCCACCAAGAACCCAGGGACAUAGAUUAAGCCAGAGAGCCAGAGAGGACACACGCCCUUUGCAGCGUGAGUUCAUUCCACGUGCUCUGAGUCGGGGCUGACCUUGAGACCUGUUCCAGCUGAUGCAGGUGAGGUGGGGCAGAGACACGGGACAAGCAUCGUGAUUCAUUUUCCUAAAAAUGCUGAGAUGUGAAUAGCAUAGUGGGAACAAGAAAGACUUAUCUUGAGGAUAAAAUCAGAGAGUUGGGGUUAGAUUCCUAACAUAGUCUUUGGCUACCAGCCGAUGACUUACCCUAAGGCAGAGCAAGCCGUCUGAACCGAUGUGUUCCCAGUACUUGGGGGUGGCCACUAUCUUAGACACAAACCAAAAGUUUAUUUACAUAAUUACCUAGAGGACUGGCUAUAGACAAUGACAUAGCCUGUCAGCAGAGAUGGACGUCAUGAGACCGCCUGACAAGCCUACGCCCCGACCCUUUAUCUUUAUCCCGUUCUUGAAACUCCUUGACGGAAUCCCAGCUUUUGGGUGCGCCUCCCCUCUCAGGUUGCCUGCACCCCUCUUUCUUGGAGCGUGUAAUUUUAAAAGACUUCUUGCUACUCAAGUCAUUACACUUGCCUCUGGGCUCUUCCAGGGUGUCCUUGUCCCUUUGCUGUUCCAUUUUGUCCUCCAGACCAAGGAGAGAGGGGCUGCUGAGAGCUCUGAUUCGGGCUGGCGAGCCCCCAUUACUUGGGGGACCUAGACGGGACUGCAGCUCCGCGACCACGCUUCUUAGUAGCCUGCCUGAAAAUCUCUUUUGUUUGACUUUAGAAAGUUCUCAGAACAUAGCUCUCUCCACCCAGUGCUCUGGGCUCCCCAAAUCCUGGGAUGGUAGGGACUUAGUUCCCAUGCUGUGGGGAUCCAAGCGGACACUGGACGCCAGGCGACCCUGGUUUCAGGAGUUGGCAGGGGAUGUGCCCUAUGCCACGUGGGAGUUCCAUGAGCUUCUCUUUCCUCCUUCUAUUUUUCCUUCCUCUCUGCUUUAUUCAAAUAAACCUGCCUUUGUCUGCUUAGCGCUGGCCCAUUUCUCCCUUAGAGUGAAUUCACAUAAAACUUCCGCUCUGCUUCCCUGAUGUCUCUCUGCCCUUCAGUUCUUUGCUGCAGCAGGACAAGGACGGAGGGGAACAAACUCAACCCCCAGACAAGUUCUCUUGCUGGCGGUCGUCCCUCCUCCCAUAGAACAUGCACCCCCUCCCCUGUGCCAGCGUUUGCCCAGGGGGUCUUCUUGCCUAGGGGCACACGCAUCGGUGGGCAGGAGUCCUGGCAUCUCCCUACUACACACUCAUGGAAAGGCAAGUGUGGCUUAAGAGCAUCCUGAGUUGUACUGAAUCUCAGCCGAGUUCUGGUCCCUUUAAUGUCCCCAGUGAGUAACAGGAGGGGCAGGGAACCGCUCUGAGGCCAGCGGAUCAACGGGGCAUGUGCAACGUGUGCUCUGGGCUGAGCCAGCUGCCCUUCCCUGGGAGUGCAUGCUCAGAGGCCACGCCACGGUGACGCAGGCAGUCCUCAAAAUUAAGAGCCAGGUGAGGCUGCCACUUCAAGAACGGACCGCAUGUAUUGCCAGUGAGGACAUUUACCCUUUCAAGAGAAAAUGACAAUGUGGGAAACUUCCAUGUUUCAGUAAAAGCUUUGCAGCUUCCCAUGCUUGGAGACUUUUCUGAUAAGGAGAUUCGCUACACCAAAGGAGAGCCGUGGAAACACUUCAGCACAUCUGCGAACGGCGGGGCUGCUCCAUCAAGUCAGGCACUUCAGGGGGUGCCCGCAGAGCAAAGCCACUGUCCCACACCUUUGUUUCAGAAAAGGGUUAUUUUUCAAAAAGAUAUGUUAGCACGAUGGGUUUACUAUUGAUCUUAAAUAAAUCUAAUAAACAAGUCAUCAAUCAAUUCAGCUUCCAU